CGGCAACCGUCAUCGGUGGCGGGGCUGAUUCUCGUGCAGCUUGCAACUUCCUCCCAAGCAACUACCUGACCAAGCAACUCGCAACUGCAACUCCCGCCGUCAUCACUCACCAUCACUGUUUGCCGUCGCAUGCCCACAAGCCGAUCACGAAGGAACCUAUCUUACUGCACUUAACAAACUCGCCAAGCUGGGGAAGCGCAAAGUAUCCGACGGCGAUCUGCCUCUCUCUCUCAAACGGACCAUGACUGCCCAGAAGCAGCCCGGCGAGGUCGACCUCGUCACCCGGAUGCAGGUGGACGAGUCGGCCGUGGGCACCACCGAGAUCGAUGAGUCGCUCUACAGCCGGCAGCUCUAUGUGCUGGGCCACGAGGCCAUGAAGCGGAUGAGCGCAUCGAACGUGCUCAUCGUUGGUCUCAAGGGUCUCGGUGUCGAGAUUGCCAAGAACGUCGCCCUUGCUGGUGUCAAGAGCCUGGCCCUCCACGAUCCGGCGCCGGUCGCCAUCGCGGACCUCUCAUCCCAGUUCUUCCUCCGCGUCGAAGAUGUCGGCAAGCCCCGCGACCAGGUCACGGCCCCGCGCGUCGCCGAGCUCAACGCGUACACACCGGUCCACAUCCACAAGUCUGCCAGUCUCGGCGAGAACCUGUCGCAGUUUGAUAAAUAUCAAGUCGUUGUCCUCACCAACACCCCCCUCCUCCUCCAGCAGAUCAUCGGCGACUACUGCCACGAAAAGGGUAUCUACUUCAUCGUUGCCGACACCUUUGGCCUCUUCGGGUCCGUGUUCUGCGACUUCGGCAAGGGCUUCACCGUCCUCGACGCCACCGGCGAGAAUCCCGUCAACGGCAUCGUUGCAGGCAUCGACGAGGAGGGCCUGGUCUCUGCGCUUGACGAAACUCGACACGGCCUUGAAGACGGGGAUUAUGUCACUUUUUCUGAAAUCGAGGGUAUGGAAGGUCUCAACGGCUGCGAGCCGCGGAAGGUGACGGUCAAGGGCCCCUACACCUUCUCGAUUGGCGACGUCUCGGGGUUGGGUCAGUACAAGCGCGGAGGGCUUUUCCAACAAGUCAAGAUGCCCAAGUUUGUCGAUUUCAAGUCCAUCUCUGCCGCCAUGAAAGAUCCCGAGUUUGUCAUUUCCGACUUUGCCAAGUUCGACCGUCCCAUGCAGCUUCACAUCGGCUUCCAGGCCCUGCACGCCUUUUUCCAGACCCACGGCCGGCUUCCCAGACCCAUGAACGAGGAGGAUGCGCUCGUCAUCCUGAACUCGGCCAAGAAGUUCGCCAAGGACGAGGGCAUCGAGGUGGAGUUCGAUGAGAAGCUGCUCAAGGAGCUCAGCUACCAGGCAACGGGCGACCUGAGUCCCAUGGCGGCCUUCUUCGGUGGUCUGACGGCGCAGGAGGUCCUGAAGGCUGUAUCGGGAAAAUUCCACCCCGUGAAGCAGUUUAUGUACUUUGACUCGCUCGAGUCGCUCCCGACAGGGUCCGCGCGGUCGGAGGAGCUGUGCAAGCCGACCGGCUCCCGGUACGACGGCCAGAUCGCCGUCUUCGGCCGCGAGUUCCAGGAGAAGAUUGCCAAUAUGAAGCAGUUCCUGGUCGGCGCCGGCGCCAUCGGCUGCGAGAUGCUCAAGAACUGGGCCAUGAUUGGACUCGGCACCGGCCCCAACGGCCGGAUCACGGUGACCGAUAUGGACCAGAUCGAGAAGAGCAACCUGAACCGGCAGUUCCUGUUCCGGCCGAAGGACGUGGGCCAGAUGAAGAGCGAGUGUGCGGCAAAGGCGGUGCAGGCGAUGAACCCGGACCUGGAGGGCCACAUCGUCGCGUUGAAGGACCGAGUCAGCCCCGAGACCGAGCACAUCUUCAACGAGGACUUCUGGAACGGCCUGGACGGCGUGACCAAUGCUCUGGACAACGUCGAGGCCAGGACGUACGUCGACAGGAGAUGCGUGUUCUUCCGCAAGCCGCUCUUGGAGAGCGGCACGCUCGGCACCAAGGGCAACACGCAGGUGGUCCUCCCCAUGAUUACCGAGUCGUACUCGUCGUCCCAGGACCCGCCGGAGCAGUCGUUCCCCAUGUGCACGCUGCGGAGUUUCCCCAACAAGAUCGAGCACACGAUCGCGUGGGCGCGGGAGCUGUUUGAGAGCUCCUUCGUGAAGCCGGCCGAGACGGUGAACCUCUACCUGACACAGCCCAACUACCUGGAGACCACGCUGAAGCAGGGCGGGAACGAGAAGGCGACGCUGGAGAUGCUGGUGGAUUUCCUGAAGAACGAGCGGGCGCUCACGUUCGAGGACUGCGUCCAGUGGGCUCGCAUGCUGUUUGAGAAGCAGUACAACAACGCGAUCCAGCAGCUGCUCUACAACUUCCCCAAGGACGCCGUCUCGUCGACGGGGACGCCUUUCUGGUCGGGCCCCAAGCGGGCGCCGGACCCGCUCAAGUUCGACGCUUCUAACCCGACGCACUUUGCCUUCAUCGAGGCGGCGACGAAUCUGCAUGCAUUCAACUACAAUAUCAAUGUCAAGGGGAAGAGCAAGCAGGACUACCUCCAAGCGCUGGAGGCCGUCAUCGUGCCGGAUUUCUCGCCCGACGCCAACGUCAAGAUCCAGGCGGAUGACAAGGAGCCGGACCCGAACGCUGGCGCCAGCGCAUUCGAUGACACGACGGAGCUGCAGAGCCUCAUCAACGAGUUGCCGGACCCCAAAUCGCUGGCUGGGUUCAAGCUGACGCCGGUCGAGUUCGAGAAGGACGACGACACGAACUAUCACAUCGACUUCAUCACGGCGGCCAGCAACCUGCGGGCGGAGAACUACAAGAUCGAGCCGGCGGACCGGCACAAGACCAAGUUCAUCGCGGGCAAGAUCAUCCCGGCGAUCGCGACGACGACGGCGCUGGUGACGGGUCUGGUCAUCCUGGAGCUGUACAAGGUGGUGGACGGCAAGAAGGACAUCGGGCAGUACAAGAACGGGUUCGUCAACCUGGCGCUGCCCUUCUUCGGGUUCAGCGAGCCGAUCGCCAGCCCCAAGGUCGAGUACCAGGGCCCGAGCGGCAAGGUGACGCUGGACAAGAUCUGGGACCGGUUCGAGGUGGGCAACGUCACGCUGCGCGAGCUGCUCGACGACUUCGAGCAGCGCGGCCUGACCAUCGCCAUGCUCAGCUCGGGCGUCAGCCUGCUGUUCGCCGCCUUCUUCCCGCCGGCCAAGCAGAAGGACAAGCUCGGCAUGCGGCUGAGCGAGCUGGUCGAGUCGGUCACCAAGAAGCCCAUCCCCGCCCACCAGACCGAGCUCAUCUUCGAGGUCGUCGUCGAGGACGCCAACGGCGAGGACGUCGAGGUGCCGUAUAUCAAGGCCAAGAUUCGGUAGAUGUGGGAAGCAAUUGUGAAGGGGACCAUGGACCCUUGGACCCUAACUUGGACCCUUGGACCCUUGGACCCUGGACCCUUGGACCCUUGGUCCCUUGGUCCCCGAGCGUGUGUUUCGGUAUGGUAGUGUGG